AUGGACGCUUUUGACCUCCUCAUCAACGCCAUAAGAGGUCCACCUUACAACACCCCAGAGGAUCCGUUGGACUAUCUCUCUACCCAGCCCUCACACAAUGCAGAUCACAACAGCCACUCGGCUCCUUCGUCCCAAGACAUUGCAAAGAUCAUCCCCGUCCUCUCCAAGCUAUGUCUCGGUCAUUCCGACCAGGAUGCACAACAAGACAUUACCCGGAUAGAAGUCUGGCAUCCUACCACAGCUCAAAAGUCAUACGUCAAUGAACGACGCAUGCUGAGCCCCGCUCCUCUCCUUCGUGUAUCCGGCCCGCUCCUAUCUACUCUCACAGCAGUCACCCUCGCGACUGUGUAUCUAUCCCCAGAUACUCCUCCGAUGUCCUGGGAGACCAGAAUCAUUCCACUUGACCCUUCCUCCCAACCUCCUUCACCUCCCGCUUCCUCCCACAAGCGAGCUGAAAGGGAGGCCCGUCAACGUCGUUGGAGAAGUCUGGCUGCAAAGGCUGGCUUUGCUGCCACACUGUCACGAGAGAAGCUGCGAAUGAUAGCCCGCGAACGUAAAGCAUUGGAGGUGGGAUUGGCUUUUCCCGCUCUGUGGGCUGGAGGGAAGAAAGGCAAGGGAAAGCAAUUCCAACUUCGACUUACUCUCGGUCCACCCGGACAGGACGUCGCUUUGAUGGAGCCCCCAGCUGAUCAUCCGACAGAGUAUGAUACUCAUGCCGUCGAGGAGCAACGGACAGGGGAAGAUACUCUACACGACGCCGCGGUCACCGCUUUGGGCGAAAUGUUCGGUGCAGAUGAUUUGGAAGGACUCAGCGCUUUGAGGGAUCAUGAUAUUGAGAAUGCUCUUAGAGAUCAUGAAAUUGGCAAUGCGUUGGGAAGCCUGGCGGAUCAUCUUCCUGCCGCCGUCGCGACCGAGCUUGCUCCAUCACAGUCGGAACUCACCUCGACGAUCACCCACGACCAAAAUGGAACUCCGGCAGCUGUCCUUAAUGCGAAUGAGCAGUCAAAUGUUGGACACCAAGAAGAAGAUCCUACUCUGCCUUAUCCACCAGUUUUGAAAACCCUCAAUUCGGUCUCGGUACAAACACAAACCCCCACUCAUGAUGUAUGGGCUACUCUCACUUCGCCUCCACUCGACAUGGUCUCCAAGCCGUCCAUCAAAACAGCGAAAUCCCGUUCCGCCGCUUUCCUCUCCACCUCGACCGUCUUCGCCCUUUGGGUCAGGAUCCACGCUCAAACAGUGAGAACCAAAUACAUGUCUAUGGAAACUCCAUCUUCGAACUCAUCAUCCGGCAAACUCACCGCGAAAACAGGGAAAUGGACUCCGUUCCGAUUUCAUGUCAUCUCUCUUGCCCCUCCCCCUAUACCUCAGGCGAAACGUCGACAAGAUUCAGAUACGCUGACAUUCGGUUCAGUCGUACAGCUUCAUGAUGUGCACACGGGCAGUCGGUCUGAACCCGUGCGAUUGGUCAAGGUGGAGAAGGGCGAGGUGGACAUGAGUGCAGAUGAGGGAAGACCCAUCAGUGUUUUACAGCGGUUGGGGUUGGUACGCGUGGAGGAAAAUGCGGGACAGAGAAUGUAUCUUUCCGCUCCCGGAGCAAGACAGGGAGGGGCUGAGUUGAUGACACCUGAUGAGAUUAGUCGAAUACGGAGGAGAAAAGUUCCUAAUCGGUAUACUCAGGAAGGGGACACAUUGGCGGAUAUGGAAUUGCCUCUGGAAGGAGACAUAGGGAGUAUUGAUGAAUCGUCGAGUAGACCUAGGAAGAAGGUCAAGACGAAGAGGAAUGCUUUGGCCAGAGUUGUCAUUGAGGAAGACGAGGAAGGGAGCACGUUGGCAGAGGUCAGUUGGGCGGGAGUGAAAGUGGAGGAGAGGGAUGGGAAGAUUGUUGAUAAAGUGGAAGAUUGGAUGUGUUGGGUUAUCGGUGGUGUUUCCUCAUUCUCAUACUCAUUCAUCAACUUUGACCCACUUUCUCAUUCCCUCGACCCGAUUCCCAACCUCUUGUCAGACCCUCAACCAAACCCGACCUUCACAUCACUCGAUCUUCUCCUCCCUUCUUCUGCUCAACAUUCUCAUCUCUAUCUCGGACCUCUUGGACCUUUAUCGGUCUCCGUCCUUCCGCCCACUACUUCCUCCCAACAUCAACCUCUGACCGAUCCAGAAGUGGUUAUCACGAUGAGAGUGGAGAUUCCUAGUAGUCAAGCUAUAUUAUUAGCUAUUGAGGAGAUCGAGAGACGUCUCAAUGGUACCGGUGAAGAGGCGGGUUCUACUUCUCAUUCAAACAAAACGGUAGAAAACGUUGAAACACCUCUUGUUGGAUCAAAUACGCAAGAAGGUAAUACGGAAGAAUGGACAGUACCAUCUAAUUCCAUACAACCAGACUUAAACUAUCAUCAACCUUCUCAAAUGGUGACGAUUCAAGAGACGGAGAAUAUGAUAGAAGAUAGGAAUAUGGAAUUGAGGAAAGAAGAAAUGACAUUGGAUGAAUUCAUGUUAGAUCCUACUCUAGCACGAUCCGAUGGAGGACAUUUGAGAUCUAUGGAUAGAGUUGAUAUUUCAAGACAACCAACACAAGUGUUUCAAGAAGGACAAAUGGUUGAUUCAGAAGUGAGGAAUUCUAGUCAAUCGAUCGAGUCUGGAGAAAAUAUCAACCAGAUGGUUCUUCCUUCUAUGGAAGUAUCGGAUGGUCAAGUUUUCCCCGAUGAUACACCUUCAGGAGAAAUAAGAGGGAUAGUCAAGGUUUAUCCACCUGAACAUGGAUCUGAUGACAGUGAUGUAAAUAAAAGCAUGGCAGUUGAGACAACAAAUGAUGAUGAUGGUAAAUUGGGAGCAACGAGUAAAGGAUCAUGUUGA